CCAACGCGGGGCAGCGCCGCAGGCUGGCAGGGAGGCAGACGCGGUGGGCGCCGCGAGUCCGCUGCCAGUGCCUCCGUCCCGGCGCAGGGGCAGCGCGUGAUUCCUAGUCCCAUGCGCGUUCUCGCGGGAGGCGCCGCUGUCUGCCCCUCCUUGGCGGGGACAUUGGUCACGAGGCGUAGUUGCCGGCCAAGUCCCCCAGCCGUGGGGGUCGACCCCGCCGUUAGCGUGCGACCUCAGGCUUCGCGCCCGGGCCGCGUGGCGUUUCUGGAAUCCGCACCGGCCUGGAGGCUCCGGCCCGUGGGUCCAAGGGCCACCGGACGCGCAGGGAGGACUUGGCCGACCUUGGCCUGGGCCAGGCUGCCUUCGAGGGGGCGGAGGGGGGGGCGCGUUGCUGAGGGCGCGAGGCCUUCCCUCCGGCUGGCGUGACACCCUUGCGCACUUAGCCCGGGUGUCCGCCGGGCACCGCUGGGCAAAGUUUCUGCUUGACCCGGGAGUGUCGGGCCGAGGCCUUCCGUGGAGCAGAGCUCUGCCGAGAGAGACCGCCCAUCGGGGCGCGUACACUGCCCCCGCGGAAGGGGCUGCGGUGGCGCCAAGAGGCCGCGCCGGGGGCCGAUUGGUUACUUCAUUUCUGGUUUGAGCGACCGACCACGGCGUGCACUGAGGACCCGCGUGAUGCAUGAGCACAGCGCUGAGGGACUGGGAUGACCUGGAUAAGGGUUCUGCCAGGUCCCACGGAGGCAAUGGAAAGAUCUCAUGCUCCCAGGAAUGGCCUGAUAUGAAGGAGUCAUACCUUCAGCUUUCCCAAGCUGCCCUGUGGGUGCCUUGUCCUUCAAGUGCAGGAGCUGGCUGAGCUGUCAGGAAUGGAAGCCAAUGUGACUAUCCCAAUCUGGCAAAACAAGCCACAUGGGGCUGCUCGGAGUGUGGUAAGAAGAAUUGGGACCAAUCUACCCCUGAAACCUUGUCCCCGGGCAUCCUUUGAGACUCUGCCCAACAUUUCUGACCUGUGUUUGAGAGAUGUACCUCCAGUCCCUACUUUGGCUGACAUUGCCUGGAUUGCUGCAGAUGAAGAGGAGACAUAUGCUCGGGUCAGGAGUGAUACGCGCCCCCUAAGACACACUUGGAAGCCCAGCCCUCUGAUUGUCAUGCAGCGGAAUGCUUCGGUGCCCAAUCUGCGUGGGUCUGAGGAGAGGCUCCUGGCCCUGAAGAAGCCAGGCCUACCUGCCCUAAGCCGAACCACUGAGCUGCAGGAUGAACUAAGCCACUUGCGCAGCCAGAUUGCUAAAAUAGUGGCAGCAGAUGCAGCUUCGUCUUCAUUAACGCCAGAUUUCUUAUCUCCAGGAAGUUCAAAUGUCUCUUCUCCUUUACCUUGCUUUGGAUCCUCAUUCCACUCUACAACUUCCUUUGUCAUUAGUGACAUCACUGAGGAGACUGAGGGAGAGGUCUCUGAGCUUCCAACAAUCCCCCUGCUUUGUUCUGCCAGCCCUGAAUGUUGCAAACCAGAACACAAAGCUACCUGCAGCUCAUCUGAAGAGGAUGACUGCAUCUCUCUGUCUAAGGCCAGCAGCUUUGCAGACAUGAUGGGCAUCCUGAAGGAUUUUCACCGGAUCAAACAGAGCCAAGACCUAAGCCGGAGUUUACUGAAGGAAGAAGACCCUGCUGUGCUUAUCUCCGAGGUCCUUAGGAGGAAGUUUGCUCUGAAGGAAGAAGACAUCAGUAGAAAAGGAAACUGACCGCACUGACUGCAACCUCAGUCUCAUGCUCCUGACUCCUUCAAUAGCUGCCUUCCUCGCUGCAGAUGUCUCUGCCUCCGUUAGAAGUCUGCAAGUGUCUUGCCAACGAGCUAGGGCUGGAAGAGAAGAGCUGGAUUAUGUGUUACUUGCACUUAAACCUUGACAGAAGCUAAGGUUUGUGAUUUGAGUUUAGGCAUUUGUUACAGGUAAUCAAUCGGGUAGGGUGGAAUGUCUGUUUAAGAGGUGAAGUUUCUUGUUUUUCCUAGUCUCUGCGUGAAAAUAGGCCCUAAAUGAAUGACUCAGUUCACUGCAUUAGACUCCAUAAUUGGUCUACUGGAAACUUUGUGCACAGCUGUCACUCUCAGCAGCAGCUUCCUUUCAGCACCACAAGGUUAAGGGGGGAGUGGCUGUUUAUGUUCACGUUCACAGGGACGAUCUUAUGCUGCUCCAUCAGAACCCACACCAGUGUCCAGCAGUCACCUUUUCCUCUAGCUAUGGCAGUCAGGCCACUGAACCAGCCAAUACUUGGCUGCUGCAGGGAGGCCUGGGCUAUUUUUUCUUAAACAUUUUAUAAAACUACAACCAGAUCUACCCUCCAGGGCCUCAGCAGUUCUACUGAGUGAAAUUAUUUUAAGUCUGGGAAGGAGAAUUUGGGAAAGAAAAGAGCAUACUAUCCUUCUAGGACAAUAACCGACUUCUCUGGGUUGGGCCAAGAUUUUAUUUUCUGCAUCGUGCAUGACUCAGGUGCCCUCAGGGCCCUCUUCUCUAAGAAUACUGCGUGUCUGAGUUGAAGUACUACCUGACA